ACCCUACACACCUCAUAAUGGACCCGUUUUCUGAUUCCGGUGAAUUAUACGCCAUCCGCCAGCAGUUCUUUGCCGGUCAGUACUCUGCCGUUGCGGAACUCUCAUUGGAUGAGUUCUCUGAGCCGUACUACGCCGCCGCCAAGCAAUACAUCACGCGCUCUCAGAUCGCUCUUGGGGACUUCAAAACCGCCUUAGCCACCUUGCAAACGGAGGAUGAUCUCACUAGCGAAACCUUGAGUGCUUACAUCCAAUACUUACAAGGAAACACUGCUGGGGGAGCCAAGUUGGAACAGCUCAUUGCUGCGCACCAGGACACGGAGAUUGUGCAAAUAAUAGGCGCGAUCUACUUGGUGAAGGCGAAUGCGGAUGUGGACGGGGCGAUCACCUUGUUGAGCACCUCUACGGAGUCUCCAUCGAUGGAGUCCAUCUUGUUGUUGCUUCAGUUACGCAUCCUCAACCACCAGUUACCGUUGGCGGCCAAGGAGUUACAGCAGAUCAAGAAGUUGGCACAGGACUCUAUCAUUAUUCAGCUCGCGGAGGCCUUAGUGAACUUGUCGCUUGGCGGUGAAGCCGAGUUGCAACAGGCCUACUAUUUCUUUGAGGAAAUCUCCUCGCAGUGGCUGUCCUUCAGCAACUUGUUAAGCCUUUUGGCCGUCAAUUUACAGAUGAACCGCUUGCCAGAGUCCGAAGAGACCAUCAAGCAGUUACAGCUGCUUUUGGACACCGUGGAAGGUGCGCCUCGCGCCGACUUUAUUGCCAACCAGAUCACCUACGCGUUGUUGACCGAGGCCGAGGACGCCAGGGUCGAGGAGUUGAGAGCUGAGUUGGCCCUGGUCGACCCCCAGCAUCCGUAUCUCGUGGACUAUGCCGCGAAGAACCUGUUGUUUGAUGACAUUGUCGCAAAGUACGAGCAAGCCCAGGUGUAGGCUACGUGUAUUUUAUAGAUUCUGUGGGGUUAACAUAGUUGAAGUUUAGAUGUGAUUGUGCAGAGUGUAGUUAUCUCGGAGUAUCGAGUGUAGGUGUAUUGAUACAGUUGAAGAUAAAUAUCCCGUCAA